AUGAUGCGCUCACGAACAGGCUGCCUUACAUGCCGAACACGCAAGUUGAAAUGCGACGAACAGAAACCACGAUGCUCACAAUGCCGAAAGGCAGGCAGAGAAUGCCGUCUUAGCGAAGCCGUUGUGUUUAGACAUCAGCAAAAUGCCUCAAUGAACCAAGACGAAGGUGGAGUCGGGCCUAGUAGUCUGAAGGGGUUCUAUUCUUACAAAAACACAUUCGGCGCAGACAGUGUGUGGCUGGAUAUACCGAAGGAAGUGGUAUUUGUCGAUAACUCAGACCCUUAUGCCGAUGACUUGGACGAACAGUUUAAUACAGAUACGCCACUAGACACUCAUGGUGCGUCUACAUGGAGUCACGACGGCGGUUACUCACUGCCAUCUUCUACGGAUGCGCAGACUCAUGGCCUAGAUGCGCUUUCAGCUGCUGCUACAGCGGAGAACCAUCCUAUCUACCAAUCUGUUAUGGAUCAUAUUGCUGAGAACACCAGCAGCACUGUCAGGAUCGGGAAUGCUGAGAAUCAAGAAGCAACGAUAUCAAGCUCAUCUCCCACUGCUGCCAGGAUUUCAAUUGCAUUUUCUCCGGGGUCUCCGGCGUUGCCACUGUCAUCGCCUAAUGUUAACAUCAAUUACGUUCUAAACUCAUUAUCCAACGGCAUGCCACAGCCAAUUGAUCCUAGCCUUCACUCUCCUGAGAACCAAAGGUCCGGUUCUCUGGUUUCUCAAGGUUUAACACAGGAGGUGGUAGUUGCGUCUGCAGUCGAAGCUGAGCAUGAGAUUGCAUUUUUCCUUCGAAGAUUUUCAGAGGGGCCUGGACAGUGGAUGGAUGUAUUUGAUAAUGAACGCUACUUUAGCUCACAGGUCCCAGUCAAAGCCCUUUCCAACCCACUCCUGAAAUAUGCUGCAUGUGCCUGCGCUGCAAAGCAGAUUAGUCGUGUUCAUGUAACCAACGCAAUAACAGGAGGAUCCUGCUUGAGGCAGGCUGUGAUGAAGAUAUGGCCUAAUAUCGAGAGUGUUGGCUGGUGUGACUAUGGGACGAGGUACUAUGAAAAGGCAAUCCAGUUGCUUAUGGAGGAAUUACAACAGGAUGGACAAUCGUCCCCGGUACCAGUGUCAGAAGCCUAUGGACAACUGCAGGCAGAAGAAGCCAGUGGCCCGCAGAACACCACUAGCGAAGGGCGGAAGCACAGCCAACUGCCUAGGGCAUAUUCCGACGACACCCUUACGGCGACUGCCAUUCUUUCAGCAUACGAGCUUUUAGAUGCUACCAGUUCGGCAUCGGACAAACAAUUGAAUGAUGUGAAAAAUAUACUAGAUAUUACGAAAGCUGGAAUGGUGUCACCCGAAAGGCAAGAUCCAUCCGAAAACAUGGACGUUACUGGCUUAACGCAACCCCGGUUUUCUAAAGCGAGGAAAGCAAUCUUCUGGAACUUUGUGCGCCAGGACUAUCUUUCAGCUUUUUUGGAUGAAACCCGCCCCAGGCUGGACACCAGUGACCUAGCAUUAUGGACAGAAGCUGGGCUUCUUCUUGACAAUGCAGGGUUUAUUCAAAAAUGCAGUGCUACUGGGCAAAACGAAUAUAUGCGAGAGGGCAUAAUAUCAAACACCUUGAUAUGGAUCCUUUCAAAAAUCGUUGAUUUCUUAGCUCUGGAUGAUACUAAUAACUGUGGAGAAUCCUCUUCCUCCGGAGCAUCACAAAACACCCCACUGGAUAGAUGGAAUCGACUUCAUACAGAGCUUGACGCAUGGUAUAAAGCGUUACCUGAUACCUUCAAACCUUGCUCCAGAAUCGAUUCGCCGCCGGGGCCACAUCCUUCUCCAGAUGCAUUUCCAUUCCAAGAAAUUUGGUACAGCAUGCCAAUGUGUGCCUCGACAAUGCAACAUUACCAUAUGGCCUGCAUAUUGCUACUUGUCAAUAAGCCACACGAAUCCACAGCGCGCAGGAGGAGCAUUGUUACAGAUAGAUUGAACUUCUAUCGGUCCAUUGAAAAAGAGAUCCAGAAUCACAGCCGUGAAAUCUGUGGGAUAUCUGCUGCUUGGCCCCCAGCAUCUGCACGCAUUCAUUCUAUUCAACCAUUAUUUGUCAGCGGCCAAUGCUUGACCGACGAAGUAGAGCGGAGGGCCAUUCUACGGAUCCUUCGUAGAAUCGAGGCCGAUCUCGGUUGGGCCACUCAGUAUCGUGUCCAGCAGCUCCUCAAGGAGUGGGAUUGGGAUGAGGCCGUCCUUGACUCUAUCUCCGGGUGA